AGCUGGUCCAAUCCUUGGCGGCCUCCAGGAAGCCCGCUGCGGAGCGCUCCAUGACCCUGAAGAACGGCAGCAAGCCCUUGAUGAAGAAGGUGGAUAUUCCUGAAGGGGAGAUGAUGACUUCUCGGCAGCGGAAGUGGGUGCACAGCCUACCUAAUGACUGGAGCACGGAAAACCCUGUUCUCUAUAGGGAAAAGGAAACAAUUAAGAAGAAAAAAGCUCAAGAGAGUGAGAGCACCAUCGCUGCCCGAGAAGUCCGGGGCCUCAUGGACACCAUCGUUCCUGAGGUCAGCACCCGCACCCUUCAAGGAGACUACAAGAGGAAGGGCUAUGAGAACACUCUGAGGAGCUUCAGGGAGGAGAUCGCUCAGAUUGGGAUGGAAAUGGAACCUCUCAUCUUGGAGACAGGAACACUUCUUUUAAAACAGCUGGCUGAGUUUGAGGAAAAAAUCAACCAUCUCUUCAAAAAGGUGGAAAAUGACAACAACCUCGAAGACUACACCUUCCAAACCCUGUUGGAGCUGUGGGAUCAGGUGGCUGAGAAGUUCCUGCUCCAGAAGCAGAGGAUUAAGGAGCUGGAUGACACACUGUACUCGCUCGAGUUCUCCCGGACAGAUAAACUAAAAAGCGUGUUGAAGAAAUAUAUGGAAAUCAUAGAGAAAACUUCCUACCUUGUGCAGCCUGAUGUGUACAGCCUGAUAAGUAAAGAAGCCAUGGUCAUAAACCAAGCUCUGCUGGGCAACCGGAGGGCCAUCACACAGCUGUUUGUCAAUCUGAUGGAGGCCACGCUGAAGCAGGAGCUUGAGCGCCACCACCGCUGGCGGGACCUGGUCGAUGCCUGGAAGGCCCUCAAAAAGGAAGCCCUGGUGCACAGCUUCAGAGAGUUCAUGGCCACUGAGAGGAUCCAGGCUCCUCCCGCCGUGACGGAGGAGGUGGAGAGCAUGCUGACGAGCCAGAAAGCCCUGCAGCAGAAGCGGCUGCAGCAUCUCCGCAGCAUCUGUGACCUUCUGCCCCCCAAUUACAGCAAAGCUCAGCUGGCUGAAUGGUAUUCUUCUUUCAACUCCCUGAAUGCGGACGUUGACACCUACCACAUGGACUGCCUGAUGCAGAUUCGCUUGCAGUAUGAGAAGACCUGGCAGGAGUGCCUGGGCCACGUGCAGGAGUGCAAGAAGCAGCUGCUGGACUGGAAAGCCUUCACCGAGGAGGAGGCAGAAAACCUGGUGUGCCCAUCCUUCUACCAGAUGGUGGGAGCCCUCCAGAGCAAGGCGGAGGAGGAGCUGGAGUGCUUGGAUAAAUCCUUUGAGGCUCUGGCGAAGCAGUCAGAACGGCAGAGCUUGGACCUCUUCAGCUACUUCCAGGAGGCUGUGAGGCUGUGGGAGGCACAUCAGAGCAUGCUGGCUGUGCAGCAGCCGGAGCUUGAGAGGCGGAUAGAGCAGCAGCGCCAGAAGCACAGCCUGGAGAACCAGGCCCAAGAGGCCCACCUGAAUGAGCUCUUGGACCAGCUGAGGCAACAAAGCAGUGAGGAAACCCUGGCGUCUCACCUGGAAAAGGCCAAAGAUUUUCUGAAGAAUAUGAAACACAGGUAUGAAUGUUUUAAUGUCCUCCUGACAAAAGAAGUGAUGGAGUACCCAGCGAUCAUACUGAAAGAACUCAACUCCUAUAGCUUCAAACUCAGCCAGCACUUCUACGUUCGUGAAAUCUUCGAACAGAACUUGGAUGGGGAAGUCACUUUCAAACUCAGGAAACCAGAAGCACACAAAAAGCACUUGCGCAAGAGAAUGAGAAAACUGAGGAGAAAGCAAAGGGAUAGAGUGGAAAUGAGCACAAGUGAGGAAAGCGUAAGUAGAGGGACACGUUCCCCAAGGCCAGCAAAAGAGAUGGAAGAAGGAAAAUAUAAAGACACUGAGUUCUCCAUAACUGAAGAGGUGGUAGUGAGCCAGCAGGAAAAAUCUGUACUGAGUGACGAGACAGAUGAAUUGAAAGAGGACUCUAUUCGGGGAUUAGAAGAAAUGCAAGUUGAAAGAGACCACUCCUUAAAACCAUCUCUGAAGCAGGCAAAUGUGAUGGUUCGAGAAGAGAAGGAAGAGGAAAAAGAGGAGGACGAGGAAGAGGAGGAGGAGGAGGAGAAAGAGGAAGAAGAGGAGGACGAGGAAGAGGAGGAGGAAGAGAAUACAGAGGAAGAGGAGGAGGAGAAGGAAGAACAUGAGAGUUUAUCUAUGGUUGAGUCCGAAGCCCAAGAACAGAGUCUGAGGACUGUCUUCCAUGAGGACAUGGAGUCCUUCACAACCUCCAGUGGGAACACUUAUUUUGUCUUCCUACCCCUGGAACAAGAAGAGAAGGAAUACAAGAGGCCCCAUUUCAACCUUUCUACCGUUCUCAUCAAUGACACUUUCAGUGCCAAGUUCCUAGAACAAGUGAUAAUUCCCUCCACACUAGUUUUAGAAAUUAAGAAACGACUUCGAGCUGGCUUUUUUGAGCACUUAGAGAAGUGGUUCGACCAGUGUGCCCUCAAUGCCCGGGUUACCUUGGCCGCUAAGAUGGAUGAGCUGGAUUCGGAACUGGAGCUGCGUCUGCACCUGCACCAUCCAAGAGCCCAGCGCAUUGAAAGGGACAUCCACAACGUCAGGGCAGCUGAGCUGUUGCUUCAUCAAGAGCGGCUGGACAGCCACUGUGCCGGGGUGAUAGAGGCUCUGAAGAAGGAGAGUCUGAUGUUCUACCAGUUCCAAGAGGAGCAAGCCAUGAGGAGUAAAAACUUCCGCCGCAAGAUUUACGACAUGGAACACACCUUCCUGAAUGCCAGCAAGAGUCAGAUGCUGGUCACUCUGAGCAACACACUGCACCAGGAGCUGCUUAGCUACGUCGAUGUCAUCCAGUUGUCCCUGCGCAGCUUCCGCCAGCACUUGGAGGAGAGCCUGGGCAAGCUUCGCUACACCAGCAUUGAGUUCAUCAAGCACUGCAGAUUAUUUUCAGAGGGAGGCAACUUUUCUUUGGAAGAAAUUGACUCACUGUGCUGUCGAUUGGAGAAGGAAUCUGCCCGGAUAGAGUUUGUUGAAAACUUAAUCAUGAGCAACAUGGAGAAGAUGGAGAAUGAGUACCUGGACCAGGCCAAUGAUGUCAUCAACAAGUUUGAAAGUAAAUUCCAUAACCUGUCUGUGGACCUUAUUUUCCUAGAGAAAAUCCAACGGUUGCUGACAAAUCUGCAAGUGAACAUCAAGUGCGAGGUGGCAAAAUCCAAUUUGCAAAAAGAUGAAUUAAAUUCUUCUCUGGAACAGCUGAAAAGCAAAGUAGAAAUGUGUCGAAACUCAAGGGGAGAUAGAAAGACAGUGACGACAGAAGACCUCCUCAGCUUCGUCCAAACUUGGAAAGAAAAAUUGAGCCAGAGGAUUCAGUACCUCAACUGCAGGCUGGACAAGGACAACAUCUUGACUGACCUGGAGGUGCAGAGUGACAUCCUGGUGUCUUCAGAAGUCCUUGAAGAGGAGGCCAAGGUAGAUGUGGUCACCCCUGAGUCCUUCGCCCAGCCGAGUCGCAUGGGGAAGCCCAUGAUUGAAGACCCAGCUGUAGAGGUGAUCAAGAAGAUCCUGCAACUUAAGGACUCAAAACACUCAACACCCCUAUGUGACAAAAUUCGAUCCCAGAUAGGUAGAGGCAAAUCUGGGUCUCAGGGUAACGGUGGUGGGAAAGCCAGUGGUGCUACCUGGCCAUCCUCACCUUGGAUCCUCUGCUCUUGUCCUGGGCGAUUGUCACUCAAAGGCUUGAAGCAACACCGGAACCGGGUAGAACACUCCAUGAAGGCCUUGUCCAGUGGCAGUGCCAUCUCAGCAGGGAGUGGCACACGAUACACCAAACCCAACCGAAUGGACAGAAAGUACCAGGUGCUUGGGGACGGGCCGCCUCCUCGGGCUGAGGACUUUAAAGGGAUCAUCCUGACCCUCCUCUGGGAGAAAAAUGAGCAUCUGCUGAACAUCGUGGAGGAGUUUUACCGCAAAGAGAAGCGUUCAGUCACCAGGCCUGACUGCAUGUACGACACCUUCGACCAGUGCACGGAGAACAUUGGCAAGAAGAUGCUGGAGUACCAGAGCCAGACCAACGAGUACCACAACUCCUGCCUCAUAGAAUUACGAGCCCAGAUGAGGAGAUUUGAGGAGCUGCUGCCCCAGGUAUGUUGGCUGGUGAUGGAGAAUUUCAAGGAGAACCACUGGAAAAGAUUUUACACCUCCAUCAGAGAGAUCCAGGAACAGUUCUGGGAUUAUCAGAAGCAACUGGAGAAAAGGAAGGAUACAAAUGCCCAGAGUCUCCAUCCAAAUCUCGGACACCCUGCACGUUUCCAAGAAAUGGAGUCUCUAUGUCGACUGGAAGAGAAAAGACAGGAGGAUUUGGACACUAUAAUUAGGGAAACCAGGGAGAAGCUGGAGGAAGCUACCAGGAAGUAUGGCCGGGUUUUCAUAACCAGCUUGGCCGCCUUCGCUGAGAAGUUCCUGCUGCAGUUAGAUGAAGUGGUCACCAUUGAUGAUGUCCAGGUUGCAAGGAUGGAGCCCCCCAAACAGAAAACAUCAGUCCUCAUACGGAGGAAACUCACUGGACUCUCCCUGGAGGAAGAGGGUGAGAAGCCCCUGAUUGAACGGGGGAGCAGGAAGUGGCCCGGAAUCAAACCCACCGAAGUCACCAUCCAAAACAAGAUUCUCCUCCGGAAGACUUCAUCGAUCACCACCACCAAAACGACCCUGGGCCACCUGGCAGCCGUGGAAGCCCGCGAUGCCGUCUACCUGAAAUAUUUAGCAGCAUUUGAGGAGGAGUUGAAGAAGAUCCGGGAUGAUGACAUAUCGCAGGUGAAGGCAGCUCAGCGCUGGAAGGACAGCUGGAAGAGCUCCGUGCACACCAUCCAGGGCCUGUACUUGUGAUACCUCAACUCACUCCAAAUAAAGGCUCAUUUUGUAUGGA